ACGAGUGAGCCAUCUGUCCCUUGCAGGCCAGGCUGGGAAGCUGAUGUACGUGAUGCAUAACUCCGAGUACCCCCUGAGCUGUUUUGCCCUUUUUGAGAAUGGGCCUUGCCUUAUUGCUGACACCAACUUCGAUGUGCUCAUGGUGAAGCUCAAGGGCUUUUUCCAGAGUGCCAAAGCCAGCAAGAUUGAGACCCGGAGUACUUGCUACCAGUACUGUGACUUCCUGGUGAAGGAGGGCACAGUCACAAUGGGUCCCAGUGCCCAUGGCAUCUCUGUGGAGGCGGAGUAUGGCCCUUGUGUAGUGGCUAGUGACUGCUGGAGCCUCCUGCUUGAGUUCCUACAGAGUUUUCUAGGUAGCCACACACCAGGGCCCCCCACAGUAUUUGGAAAUAGUCAUGAUGCUGUGUAUGGGCCAGCAGAUACCAUGAUACAGUACAUGGAACUCUUCAACAAGAUCUGAAAACAGCAGCAAGUGCCAGUGGCUGGAAUUCGCUAGUGACUGGCAGCUGCCCACCGUCUAAGCUGUCACUAUGGUAUUGCUCAGGAGGAACAGGUGCUGUACGCAGGGUCCUUGUCCCUGGCCCCAGCUGGUUCCCAGCUGUAGCAUGUGUUCUGGGGCUCUGGACUCCCCUCCUGACCCCAUCACAGCUGUUUUUUACUUCAUGCCUUAACUGGAUUUGGCUUGUCUUCAAAAAUGGUAAUUCAAGCUUGGGCUCUCCUGCUGUAGGGUAAAGGUAGAACAGGGUUGUUUCUGCCAGCACUGAAGGUGAAAACAGUAUGUGUCCCCUGUUCCUGAGGAUUUGGUAUAGGCCACUGUGGCCACACUGUGUUGUGUGGCUGUGCUGGGUGGAACCCCCUUUAGCUUGAGGACGUGGCUGGCCUCUCCUGGAGAUGGUUGGGUGACAUGACUGGAUUUCUCUCGAUUUAUGGCUUGUUGGCUGCAGAGAUUUGAGAACCAAGUCAGUUGGACUGUUGCUUUCAUCCUUUGAACUCUAUUAGUUUCCCUUUCUGGCUUGCAUUGUGUGAACCCAUAGGCUAAGCUGCUGUAGCAAAGCUAAAAGCACAUUUUAUUUCUUACCUUAAUAAUUCAGGGGCAUUCAGUCCCCAGGUGCGGAAUUAACUCUAGGAUUAGCAUGAACUAGGCUUCUUAUGUCUUAUUGUUUGGUCACCCCAAUGUUUUUCUUACCACAGGAUGUAAGCACACUUGUUGGCUCCACAUUCACAGUCCA